CUUCUUUUCUCUACAGGAUGUUUCGUGUGGUGUUCAUCGGCCUCUAGUCAUCAACUGCGUGCCGUUUUUAGCAUGGGUGGAAUAAAAGGCGACGUCAUAUUUUCUCAGCGACAAAAUAGGAGCUCUACGAGCAUCAUGGUUGACAUAACAGGCGUCAACGAAACUCUGACGUGGGACAUUCGACAGCUGCCAAUGAUCUACGAUGGAAAUGCGGAUAUGAGUUGCAACUCAAGCGCAAUUGGGGCAAUUUUCGACCCGACGAUGGCAAUGAAAUCUGAAAACUACAGCAAUUCUUGCCGUCUGUCAAAUGCUUCAAGAUUCCACGACUGUGCUGUUGGUGAUUUAACGAGAAUGCUGGGAGCUCUGGAUGCCAACAGUGCACAGCAAAACUUCACAUUCCAGAACCUGACAAUUCCAAUCAGUGGGCCUAACAGCAUCAUGGGUAGGACCUUAGUUCUUUACAAGGGUGGCAUACCAAAAGCCUGUGCAUUAAUUACACCAGCUCAUCCCAUGAUAACCGCAGUAGCUGUUUUCUCCAUGCCCGUUGCUGGUUUUGUUUAUCUGAGACAAGUCAAAGAUCACGCAGACACAACUAUUUUUGUUAACUUGUUCUAUUCUAACGACGCCCAAUCCCAAAGUCAGUUUUCUUGGCAGAUAAACCAAGCAUCUUCCAGUUGUGGUACGUCAGGAGACCUUUUCAGCCCUGAAAACAAUAACGGACAUAGCUGUUCGCGUCUUGAGCACGACAAAUGCCGGAUUGGCGACUUGACUUCAAAGCACGGGAACAUCACUGUCUCCAUGGCCACAAAUAGUCAAUCCGCAACAAAAGCGGCCUUCAUUGAUACGAACCUUCCUCUUACAGGAGCCAACAGCGUCGUUGGUAAGACAAUUGCUUUAUUCUCAAGAAACGAUUCGCAGACGCCUUUUGCCUGUACAACGAUAAAGCAAGUUAAACCAAGAGUUUUCAAAACUGCUUUCAAAUCGAACGUUCAUGACGGUGUAGAUGGAUAUUUCAAAUUUACCCAGCUAUCUCCUUUUGACCCCACAACGACGGAAAUACAGUUGACCGGACUAAACAAAAAGGCUGAAGGAUAUCACGUACACAACUAUCCCAUGCCGUGGCAGAUGACUUACACUGGAAGUCAAUCGUGUGCAGGUGGCUUCCUUGGGGGACACUGGAACCCUUUUGGCGUGGAUGUCAAUGCCAGCCCUUCUGCCGGAACUGGUAUGAUGUCUCAUAGUAUAGACCCACCUUCGUUACUAAGUAGCUCAUAUCAAGCACCACUACUUUUCAUAGGGCAUUAGUUUCAUUUUUGUUUUUCUGAAAACACUCUGCAGAGAGUAUCAGUGCGGCUUGUAGGUGGCUGAAAUGAUCUAGUCCAACGAAAUGAUACAUUGGCACUUUAGUAUCCCCGCUUUUAAGACUGAUGAAUGUUAGCUUAUAAAAGUAUUUUUAUACUACAUUUUCUUAACACAAAGCAAAGGUCACCUUAGGCUGUGCCUUUCUGUUUCAAUUAAACUUGAUUUCUCCCGAUUUCAUUUCUUUAUUAAGCCACGUACUCUAUGUCUGUACAGGGACAAAUGAUCAGUAUGAAAUUGGCGACCUCAGCGGAAAAUAUGGAUCAUUUUUAAAUCUAACAAGCUACAGCGAGACACACGUGGACUACAACCUUCCCUUGUUUGGUAAAAACAGCAUCCAGGGAAGAUCUAUAGUCAUCCACAAACAGAAAACAAUGGGAAGUGGGAGAUGGGUAUGUGCAGUCAUUGGUCUGACUCAUGAAGAGGGCUUGUUUGUCAUGACGACCAAAGUAACUUUUGUUGGACCAGCUUUACAAGGAUACAUUCUUCUGGUGAGUCACUUUUGUUUUAAUGUAUUUACCUGAAGGCGGGGAUAGUGAGUCGGGUAGCCAAAUAAUCAGUACUAUACUAAAAAGUUGCAUUUUGUUGCGCUGUAUACAUAACACAGGGGCACCCAACUGCAAUUUUCGGGAACAUAUAUGUUCGGAAGACGAUUUGAGAACUAGAAUUUUCGGAACAUUUGUUGUAAAAUUUCUUGCUUGCCUGCCUCUCCUAGGAUUUUCGAACAUAAUUACCCAUUUUAAAAGGAUAUUUACCCUAAAAAAGGCCACCUUGAAUUUUCGGGAGCCUUUUCCUGGCUGAAAUUUUCGAAAAGUUAAGUUUUGACCCCUAUAAUUUUCGUAUCACUAGACUUUCAGCUAGGAAAUCCGAACAGAUGAAAAGUUUUUAGAGGAUAAAAAUAUGCCUAUAUCUACCGUUUAAAUACUAAAAUACGUUCAACAAUGCUAUGUUGAGUGGUUUUGAACUAUAUCCUCGUUGGGUGCCCCAGAUAACACUAUGGGCAUUGAUUUCUAUAUGCACCAGAAAAGUACUUGCAAUACUGAAGCUCUACUUUAUCACAAUAGAGACCCUCCAAACAUUCAAUAGACCUUUCCCGCAUUCCUGUAAACAAAGGCACCAACUCGAGCCUUGGGAGGACAAAAUACAGUGAUCAUUUCUUUGUGUUUGCUCACUGGAGCGUAAUGUGGGAAAGGUCUAUUAUCCUUACUAAUCUUCAAAAACAAUGCUCUCAUUGAUAAAGCUUGUACAAAGAAAAGGUUUGUCCGCCACCAAACUAAGUUGGAUUUUUCAUGGGAAUAUCUGCCUACUAUGUACCUUAAUGGCCAUCCGUUGGCAAUAAAGCAGAAAGUAAUUGCGUUGAUUCACCGCUGACAUUUCUAUCAAAUUUCUCUUUUUUUAGACUCAGUACAAGUGGCAAAACAGCCUAAUGGCGUCUGAGGAGACAUCAGUUUAUGCUGAUCUAAAAUAUGUAAAUGAUUCAAGUAAACAGGUAAUAAAAAUAUAUAAAACUAUGCUAAAUCUAGCUGUUUCUUGCAAAGCUAUAAUAUUGCCUCUCGCAACUAUUCUUGCUAGGAUUAAGAGGGUUUGAUUAACCUCAGUCUGGAAUAAGAAAAGAUAAAACUAAGUGCAGAAUUCAUGGAUCAGUCACUUUUAGAAAGCCCAUUCCUCAGCUGAGCAAACGCCUUGCCCCGGUUGUUCAAACGCUAGAGAGCGCUAUCCAUAAGUAAAGUAUUAUAGGUAAACCAAUCGUUUUAUCCACCAGGCCUCAGUUUUUCAAAAGGUGAAUAACGCUAUCCACCGGAUAAAUCACUAUCGACUGGAUUGGGCAAUUGGUUUCCCUAACACUUAUCCGUUGGAUAGCGCUAUCCAACUUUUCAACAACCGGGGGAAGGUAAAGAUUUAUCUGGUGGAGCGCUAUCCACUUUUGGCAAGAACAUUUGAUUUAAAUCAAAGUUUUCAUCUAUGUUAGUGGUUGAGACGGUCAAAUGUCCCACGAUAUGGACUUGCAGACUUGGUGUGGUACUAAAUGAUUUGUGUUUUUCACCAGAGUUUACAGCAUUCGUGGCACGUACACGUAAAUCCAGAGGGGGGCGACACAUACGCUGAGAUGGGCAAGAGAUGCAAGAGCCUCGGAGGACACUAUAACCCUAAUGGCGUAGACUUAGCUGUAAGUAUCGUCAUUCAGCAAGGCUGCGCGCGGGCGUUCACACGGCACUGGACGAAUUUUCAACUGGCUGAAAAAUUUGAGGGGACACCUCGUCACACAGAACCGUUCGUUCCGUUCACAUCGAAGUAGUGCCGAACCAGUUUGAAUUCUAACAGAGCGCUGCUUUAACAAAUCUAAAAUGGCUCCGAGAGUCACACCUUUGCCGUAGAAAAAUUUGGAUGGUUAUGUUGUUCAUACCAUGCUGACAUCAAAUUUUCGACCAAGCCGGCUACAGAUUUGACCUCUAUUUUGGCAUUCAAAUUUUUGAACAGGUGGGCGUUUUAAUUUUCGUACGGUUAAGGUGGUACGGUGAGACCGGAACACCUAAACGCACGAACAUAGGAAACCAAGACAGUCUUGGAUCGUGGAUUCCAGAUCUUUUUCAGUGGAACUUGGAUUCCGGAUUCCACAAGUAAAAAUUUUCAAGAUUCCGGAUUCCACUGCAAAAAUUUUUCGGAUUCCCUUACAUGGGGCGAAAACCGCCGAAAAUUAAUCCGGUGCGGUGUGAACGAUGCGCAAGACGGAGAACUUCUAAAACCUACAACUUUGAUUUAACGAUUCACGUAGGAAUCUGAUCGCCUCUUACAGCUGAUCAUGACACAGUCAAACCAAUGACCUGACAUGCCCAUUUAAUCACCAUUAUUUUCUGCUUGAUACAGAUAGGAUGGUGACAUUUUCAGUUUUUAGAGUGCUAAUAUGGCUGAUAUGGACAGAACUAUGCUAGCCCUAGCACUGUAACAUAUAAAGAUUACUGACUCUGAAAUAGAUCAGACUGGUAAUAUGGAAAGAAUUUGAAAAUAGAGGUAGACUAAAUUUACAUUGAUCCAGAACAACUUUAAUACAAAUGAUCUUUGUCCGGUGGUGAUUAUUCAGUUUUUGACUUAAGACUUCUAAAGUAAGACUCAACUCAACUAAGACUCAACUCUUCCUCAGCGGUGAUUCAUAAACUGUUACUAAGAGGUCUAUACUUCAUGAAUGGGUUUAUAGGGAACGUACAAGCCAGCUUGUUCCUCUGGAAACAUGUUGCGUUGUGAAGUUGGUGAUCUAUCAGGCAAGCAUGAAAGGCUGAAUAUUGGUUCUGGAAAGCAGUUUUAUACGGAUCCAAGUCUUCCAUUGUUUGGUGAAUGGUCAGGUAAAGAUCCAGAUAACUUUGCUUUUAAAAUUGCCAAAACUGCAGUGUCGACAAAAGAAAAAGUCUAAAAAACGAAUUUGAUGUUUCUUUUCUAGUUGUUGGCCGCGGAAUUGUAGUUCAUGCAGAGAACAGUGGAUCUGGUCGUCUUGCUUGUGCCACCAUCAAACCAGUUAAUACUUUUUAUGUGGAGAAAACGCUGAAUUACGUGGAAGGAACGACAUUUUCAAGGUAAUUUUUACUUAACUCGCAAUACCAAUGCCAAGAUUAAAGAGAGGCAUUCCGGUUUAAUAAGUGAAAAAUUCAGAGCGAUUGGCUAAAAUAUAUGUACGAUCUAUUCAAAGUUAACCUAUGUUUCGCAAUUCACGAAUUAAUGUUCUCGAAUCUAAAGGAUUGCCGUUUCAUUGUAAUUGAUAACGAAUGCAGCGAUGUCCUAGAUCAACACCCACAAAACAUUCAGAAAGGCGACGAACUUUAUGAUGUUGUUUGGUUUUGUCUUAGGGUUACUUUUACAAAAUCUAUAUCGGAGUUGCUGAAAAUACCAGAUUGGAGACUGUUUUACAUCAGAGAAGAGGAAAGCAGGGUUCAAGGCUGUAUGACCGUCAAAUUUGGAAUCAUGGGCAAUGGUUAGUAAGUCCCUAAAUGAAUAUAAAGCAAUCAAAGGAUUAAGUACUGAUAUAUUUUUUUCGCAAGGGCGAGAUGUUGAACACUUUUUUGGGAGAUAUUUCUCAACUAACCUAGCAUUAAAGCUUCAGUAUUUCUCCUAAAACUCUUUAAGUAGGCAUCCUUUUAAAAAACUUUGCGAAGUCAUUGUACUGGAUGAUUAAGGUUUACUAAUAUGUUUUCGUCUUUCUUUUACUUCAGCAAAUCAAGUCGAUGAGCCAUCUAAAACAUUUGAUCUGAUUGUAAGCACAAGGCCAGGAAUGUUAAAGGAGUUCCAACCAAAGACCAAGUGUCUCGGAGGUAAGAGACAAAAAAAAAAAAAAUCUAGAAAGUAUGAUUAA